CUAGAUUGAACAAACCAUUCUUAGAGGUCCUCAGAAAAAGGGGCGGAUUUGUUUUUUUUAAUGUAUAUUCUACCUGGAAAUAAAUCUGAUGUUUACAGAAGUUGCAGGCCUGCACCUGUAAUUUGGAUAUUACCUGUCUACGGAUACCAGAAUUGUGGAAGUGAUUUGAUUAUUGCUGCGUGGGAAAAUUGCACACAUCCAAAAGUCGGCAGUGUUUUGUUUUCCUGCUAAUCAUUCAUCCAUGCUGCUUAGUACGGACACGCUGAUGAUAAACGUAUGCCUGCAGAAUACAAGACAUCAAUAAACAUGGAUGAGAAAGAAGACCUUGGAGAAAAAAGACCAACCUGUGCCAAAGAAAAGAAUAAAGAAGAAUGUAAACUAGGCAGCAAAAAGGAUAAUUUGAAACUAUGUGAAGACAAAAAGAAGAAAUCUGAGGAAGAAAAACGUAAGAAAGAAGAAAAGGAGCGUAAGAAGAAGGAGGAAGAAAAAAUAAAGGCAGAAGAGGAGCAGAAGAAGAAAGAAGAGGAGGAGAAAAGAAAGAUGGAGGAGGAGGAAAAGAUGAAACAAGAAGAAGCAGAGAAAAGGAAACGAGAAGAGGAAGCAGCAAGACUGAAAGAAAAAGAAGAGGGACAUCAGCUGCAUCAAGAAGCCUGGGAACGCCAUCAGGCGAGAAAAGAACUGCGUAGCAAGAACCAAAAUGCUCAGGAAGGUCGUCCAGAGGAGACUUACUUUAGUAGACUCGAUUCUAGCCUCAAAAAAAACACUGCAUUUGUUAAAAAGCUUAAAACAAUUACAGAGCAACAGAGGGAUACUCUUUCCAAUGAUUUCAAUAGCCUUAAUCUCAGCAAGUACAUUGCAGAAGCUGUGGGCUCUAUUGUUGAAGCAAAAUUAAAAACUUCAGAUGUUGGUUGUGCUGUACAUUUGUGCUCUCUCUUUCACCAGAGGUAUGCUGACUUUGCUCCUUUGCUUCUCCAGGCCUGGAGAAAGCAUUUUGAAGCAAGAAAAGAGGAAAAAACACCAAAUGUGAGCAAGCUUAGGACUGACCUACGGUUCAUUGCUGAGCUCACAAUAGUGGGCAUUUUUACUGAUAAAGAGGGUCUAUCCCUUAUCUAUGAGCAGCUGAAAACCAUCAUCAACACAGACCGAGAAACUCAUAUGCAUGUGUCUGUAGUGAUCAGUUUUUGCAAACAUUGUGGAGAUGACAUUGCUGGACUUGUGCCUAGGAAGGUAAAGAUGGCUUCAGAAAAAUUUAAUUUGUGUUUUCCUCCCAGUGAAAUCAUUAGUUCUGAAAAACAACAGCCAUUCCAGAACCUUCUGAGAGAAUAUUUCACUUCUCUGACCAAACAUCUAAAGAAGGACCAUAGAGAACUUCAAAACAUUGAAAGACAAAACAGACGGAUUCUCCAUUCUAAAGGAGAGCUCAGUGAAGAUCGUCAUAAACAAUAUGAGGAAUUUGCUACAUCAUAUCAGAAACUCCUUACUAAUACCCAGUCUCUCGCAGACCUUCUGGAUGAAAACAUGCCUGAACUUCCUCAGGACAAAACGGUGCAAGAAGAACAUGGUCCUGGAAUUGACAUUUUCACUCCAGGGAAGCCUGGGGAGUAUGAUUUAGAAGGAGGUAUCUGGGAAGAUGAGGAUGCCAGAAAUUUCUAUGAAAAUUUAAUUGAUCUGAAAGCCUUUGUUCCUGCUAUUCUUUUCAAAGAUAAUGAAAGGAGUUCUCAAACCAAAGAAUUUGUCAAAGACGAUGCAAAAGAUUCAAGGGAAGGAAAAGAUAUGAAAUGUACAGAAGAGCUGGAAAUGGAGUUAGAAAAUCUUGAUAUAAAUGAUGAUACCAUGGAACUGGAAGGUGGAGAAGAGGGGGAGAGUGACGACCUGGCAAAAAAAUUGCUUGAUGAACAAGAGCAAGAAGACGAAGAGGCCAGCACAGGUUCCCAUCUGAAGUUGAUAGUUGAUGCAUUUCUUCAACAGCUGCCAAACUGUGUUAACAGAGACUUAAUAGAUAAGGCUGCAAUGGAUUUCUGCAUGAAUAUGAAUACUAAAUCUAACAGAAGAAAGCUUGUACGAGCACUCUUUACUGUUCCGAGGCAACGGUUGGAUUUACUCCCAUUUUAUGCUCGACUUGUCGCCACUUUACAUCCCUGCAUGUCUGAUGUAGCAGAAGAUCUCUGUUCUAUGUUGAAAGGAGACUUCAGGUUUCAUGUGCGAAAGAAGGACCAAAUCAAUAUUGAAACUAAAAAUAAAACUGUGAGAUUUAUAGGAGAGCUAACUAAGUUCAAGAUGUUCUCUAAAAAUGACACACUUCACUGUUUGAAGAUGUUAUUGUCAGACUUUUCCCAUCACCAUAUUGAAAUGGCGUGUACACUUCUGGAAACAUGUGGCCGUUUCCUCUUCAGAACAACUGAUUCACAUUUGAGAACAAGUGUUCUUUUGGAGCAAAUGAUGCGAAAAAAACAAGCAAUGCACUUAGAUGCCCGUUAUGUCACCAUGGUUGAGAAUGCUUAUUAUUAUUGCAAUCCACCACCAGUUGAAAAAGCAGUGAGGAAGAAGAGACCACCACUUCAAGAGUAUAUUCGUAAACUACUUUACAAAGACCUCUCCAAGGUUACAACAGAAAAGGUACUGAGGCAGAUGAGAAAAUUACCAUGGCAGGACCCAGAAACCAAAAAUUAUUUAAUCUGCUGCAUGGUCAAUAUUUGGAAUGUGAAGUAUAACAGCAUUCACUGUGUGGCCAACCUUCUUGCUGGCUUAGUUGCCUAUCAAGAAGAUGUAGGCAUCCAUGUAGUUGAUGGUGUUUUGGAAGAUAUAAGACUUGGAAUGGAGGUUAACCAGCCUAAAUUUAAUCAAAGACGGAUUAGCAGUGCCAAGUUUUUGGGUGAAUUAUACAAUUACAGAAUGGUGGAAUCGGCAGUAAUCUUUCGGACAUUGUAUUCCUUUAUAUCCUUUGGAGUAAAUCCUGAUGGUUCAGCCAGUCCACUGGACCCACCAGAGCAUCUCUUCCGAAUUCGUCUAGUUUGCACAGUCUUGGAUACAUGUGGGCAGUAUUUUGACAGAGGAUCAAGCAAGAGAAAACUUGAUUGUUUUCUUAUUUAUUUCCAGCGUUAUAUCUGGUGGAAAAAGAGUCUGGAUGUCUGGACCAAGGAUCAUCCUUUCCCUAUAGAUAUUGACUAUAUGAUAAGUGAUACUCUAGAGCUGCUAAGACCAAAAAUGAAACUCUGCUGUUCUCUGGAGGAUGCUGUUAGACAAGUAGCAGAACUAGAGCGAGAAUUUUUGGUUAAAUUAGGUCUAACUAACGACAAAGACUCUAAAGACCCAAGCAACCUAGGUGAAGGUGAAAAUAUAGAUGAUGACGAUGAUGAUGAUGAUGAGGGAGGUGCUGAGACAGAGGAACAAUCUGGAAAUGAGAGUGAAAUGAAUGAUCCUGAAGAAGAGGAAGCCUCAGAAAAUGAGGAAGAGGAGGGAGAGGAGGAAGAAGAGGAAAAUACAGAUUACAUGACUGACUCAAAUAAAGAAAAUGAAACUGAUGAAGAAAAUACUGAGGUGACGAUUAAGGGUGGUGGUCUUAAGCAUAUAGCUUGUGCUGAAGAUGAAGAAUUUAUACAGGCCUUGGAUAAGAUGAUGCUGGAAAACCUGCAGCAAAGAAGUGGUGAAUCUGUCAAAGUUCAUCAACUGGAUGUAGCCAUUCCCCUGCAGCUGAAAAGUCAGUUGAGGAAAGGACCUCCACCUGCUUGUGUAGGCGAUGACAAUGAAAUUGUGGACACCAUGCAGUUUGUCAUGUUAACUCGGAAAGGCAAUAAGCAGCAGUUUAAGAUCUUAAAUGUUCCAUUGUCUUCCCAUCUUGCUGCAAAUCACUUUAAUCAGCAGCAAGCAGAACAAGAGGAGAGAAUGCGCAUGAAGAAACUAACACUGGAUAUUAAUGAACGACAGGAACAGGAGGAUUAUCAGGAAAUGAUGCAAUCCCUUGCUCAGCGUCCUGCCCCUGCUAAUACAAAUCGUGAAAGACGGCCGCGAUACCAGCACCCUAAAGGAGCACCAAAUGCUGACUUAAUCUUCAAGACUGGAGGGAGGCGACGCUGAAAUGCCAGUGAGUGCUGAUUCAGUUUGCCCACUUUGUCUGUUGUAUUGUGGGUAAGGGAGUCCUCAAUCACUUGAAUGAGAAGAGCAGACACAUCUCACCAUGGCUGCAGCGAGAUCAGCACAGGUCCUCCCGCGUCCAUUCUGGAGACCUUGGGCAGCCUUCUCUGCCAGAACAUCAGCUGAAUAAAGUGGCAUCCAAAUGACUUGACACGUCCAAAAUAAUGACACUUUUUGGGUGUUAAUCUUUAUCGUGUGAAAGAGAGCAUUUGUGAGAUGGUCAAAUUAUUGCUGAGCAGUUGAACAGAGAAUGGAGGGUUGUAAAGGGGAAAUCAUUUCUCAAAUCAAAGGCAAUUUGAAAUUAAAUGAUUUUUUUAUUUUCAGAGUUCUUUAUAAAUUAACAUUCUUCAGAUUUAUGUUUCUGAAAUGCAAAUGGAAAAAAAAUCUAUGAAAAUUGCUGGGCCUCUAGGAAAGGUAGGAUACAGAGCAGGCCUGACCAGCCGCUAAUAAGCUGUACUGGGUAAGCAGUUUGGCUAGUGAGCCAGUACAGUGAUGCAAGGGGCAACAGCAGCUAGCAAGCAAAGGCAGUGUGUUUUUCCGCUCCUCAUAGCUGCUUGAGUUAGCAUACAGCUAUUUUAAAAGGAACAAGUGCAAAAAGAAGCUUUAGGUACAAGAAAUGAGAAGAAAGACUUAAGUGACUCUUUUUUAAAAAUGGAUUUGGUAGCAGAAAAUGUUUGGAUAGUGUACACAAUUUUCAAAAGAAAGAAGUGUAUCACAUACUUAAGUGUUCUGAGCAGAAUGGAUAAAGUGAUUCUACAAUGAAACCUUAUGUAAAAAUGUACAGCUUCUUCAAGCUUACAAGAAAGUUUUUUUUGUGGGUUUUUUGCUUUGCUUUGUCUUUAAAAUAGUUUUGUUUGCUAUGUUCAAGCUCUGUUUAAAUAUGUAAUGCACACUUUUUAGACAUUAUAAAGCUUCUUUUUUGUGAGUUUUUUUUUUUGUCUGCUUUACAAUAUUUGUAAUGUUUGAUCCAAAACUGCACGGCUUUACUAACUGUAAAAUAAAUCCUCUGACCUAUCAUUAUUGCACUAUUUGCAGUAAUAUUUCAUUAA